AUGGAUGAAGAAAUUGGUGUGCCACCUAUAUCUGAAGUUUGGUUGGCUACACAUGGAUUUGUAAAUGAGAAUGGCUCACAAGAUUUUCAUGAUUCCGAAUCAUCAAGAAUAUAUGAAGAAAUGCAAAGAAUUGAGAAUCAACCAAAAGAUUCUAAUGAACCAAUUGCUAAUCCAGAUGAUGUUUUAAAGGAGGUAUGUGGGACAAAAUCAGGUUAUGUACGUGGUAGAGGUUUAGGAUACAUAGCACGUAAAAAGGGUGUGGCUAUAAGUACUGCAAAUAAUGAUCAAGUUGCAGAACUUAGGCGUCAAGUAGCAGAAAUGACUGAUCGGAUACAAAUGCAAGAACGACUCCAUAAAGAAUUCUUGGAAAGACUCGAUAGUAUGCAUAAUGGAUUUCAGUUUACAAAUAGUCAAGUUGAUUCGGAUAACAUGUGAUUAGGCGGAGCAGUGGCAUAAUUUUCAUGAAGAUUAUGAAAUCAAGUUAAUGUUAUUUUCAUUUUUUAUACAUUUUUAUCUUACUGCAUUUUUUUAGAUAGUUUUUGGUAGAUUUGUUUUUAACAUUUAUUUUUUAUGUUAGACAUAAUUUUUAGUUUCAGUGGAUUAUUGUUUGUUCGAUUUUAAAUGAUAUAAUAGAAUUAUUUUGAAUGAUAUAAUAGAAUUAAAGAUUCAGAUCAUUUA